AUGGCAAGUGCGACACCACUCAAGACUAGAAUAAUCGUUAGCAUCGAUUUUGGCACGACCUUUGGCGAAAAUCCUCUUACAGUCACUGAAAGUCUUGAAAAUACCGGACAGAAGGUCCUAACGGUGCUUUACAAUUGCAAAGCGAAAAUCCAGUGGUGCUAUCAAGUUCAGGGCGUGCCCGAGGCUAUCAGAGAGAUCAAGCUUCUGUUGGACGACAGUGAUAAAUAUCGCUAUGGCCCCGCAAAAAAGUCCGAAGAGGCCAUUCACGAAUUGGGAAAGAUGGUAGUUCAGGCGUCUAGAGACUUCUCUUCGGUUCUGGUCGACCACGCGUGA